GACACACUCAACAAAUUAUCUAUUAUUCCUUAUAUAUUUAGGACAGAGAUUCUUAUCUAUAAACAUUUAGUCAUUAGGAAUAAAUCAGGAGAGAAAUUUAAAUCUAUGGAAAUACAAUGUUGCCAAGAAGUGUAGAUACUAUUGUUUUCUACCUGAAUACAUUUCUAACUGUUGCUACCUGUUAUAAGUGUUUACAGUGCGACGAUGUACCAUUGCCAAAUUUAUGCGACAAAGUUGGAGAAUGUGGGACACACGAGUUAUUUAUAAUUCAAUUUAUAUAUACUUUUUAAUAUAUGGUAUUUUCUUGUUCUUAAUUGUCCCAUUUUCAAAUAAACAAUUGUGUUAUAUUACAAAACAAGUCUGGAAUGGAUGACUUUACUCAUAGAAUAUAAUCUGGUCCAACAUUUGCUUUUACCUUCAAAGAAAAUCUUUGUUUAAAGGGACAAAAUAUGGCACAUGUAUCAAACUAUUGUUUCGUAUCAAAUUUUUAAACUCAAAAGGUAUGGAAUGCUUGAUGGUAAGUUACAAUUUAUGUUUUUUAGUUGUGUGCAGUUGAGCAAUAUAAUACUUCCGCCGGAAGCUUCAGAUACAGACAAAUAUGUAUGGAUAAGCAAAAAUGUGGAGAUUUCAGUGCCGGUUAUAAUGCGUUGACGUGUACAGAGUGUUGUCAUGGUGAUCUCUGUAAUGCAGGUGGAUGUGGAGAGAAAGGUUUUGACCCUGCACUUGGACCACUAUGCUACACGUGUCACCUUCAGAUUGGAACACGAAGUUGCAACAAAAUUCAGCAAUGUGGAAGAGAUAAGGAUUGCUCUAUUCAUCCGGUGACAAGACUUGGUGCAUCCAACAAUCUGUUUGAAACAAAAUGCACAGAAAGAAACAUAUGUGUUACAAGCAAUAGGAUAGGUUCAUCUGCGAUUGUUGGCCGUAAAAGAUCUACAUGCAGCAUUUGCUGCAAUUCUACACUGUGCAAUGACUACGAUCCUCGGCUUUGUGUACCAACAACAACAACUAAAAGUAUCACCACAGUGCUUGCUACACAUGAAGUGUGCGAAGAUGCUCCAAAUGUGCCAUGCCACGAAAGAGCCUGCAACGGUAGUCCAAAGGAGUAUAUGGAGAAAAACUGCCGCAAAACGUGUAAAUUUUGCGUUAAAACUACACCUGUGGCAACUUCAACUACCACGGCCAUCUCGACUGCAAGUCCAUCUACUGUUACUUCCACAUCGUUAAGAACAUCGACCAUGUCGAUCAGCAGAUCAGGGAUGACAGGUCAUACACAUGAUCCUUUCUGCCUAGACAAUGCCGUUGGUUGUGACCAGUACGUUCACUUUUGUGUACUUGAUGAAUACAAGACCUGGACAAAAACAAACUGUAGAAGGACGUGUGGUUAUUGUUAGAAAGAGGAGACAUCAAUACGCUUUAAAAACUUUCGUACCGUAUUUUGAUUUAGUAUCAAAUGCCACACUAUGUACAUGCUUUGGAGGGCAUUUCCGAACUUCAUUUCUGAAACCUAAUUUCUCAUGUUAACCUGCACAAUUGUUAAUAUGUUACAUUUUUGUUGUGAUAAAACGCUAAAUUAAAAUAUUAGAACGGGAAAUAAUGUUGCUGUAUAAUCUAUGUCCUUCUCAUUGACAAGAUGGUAACGGUUAUUAUUAGAGAGAACAUGUAAUGAAUGGUGUUAAAAGAAUUAUCAAAUGUCAUUUUGACAUUUGUACAGUAAUGAAGGAGUCCCGAAAGGUAAAAAAAAACUAGUAAACAUUUGCUAUAUUUUACAAUCAGUGUUAAUCUUAAAAAAAAAAAACAAGCGUCCAAAAGCGACAAAAAUCACAAUAAAAUUGAAUUUCUUACUAAUUAUCAUAAAUUAGU